AUGCUGUUUGGAGAUCUGGCAGAAUUGGCAGAUAAAGCAGCCAAGUACGAGGAGCUGCUCAAGGAAGAACAGCAGAAGAGGAACUCUUCCAAGGGCAUGUAUUACAAGUCACCUUCUUCUUCAAUACAUCUAAUUGAGGUAGAGUCGGAAGAAGAUGUAGAAGGCUUGGAGGAAAGAGAGAUUACAGUGGCAGAAAUGGCAAAGUUAAAACAUCCCAUCAGUUGCAAGGCCCUUACAAAGCCUCCAAGGGAUCAGAAGCCGCCACCAUUCACAAGAGGGUUUGCUCCAAACAAACCAACACAUAACAAGGUUUAUUCCUUUGAUCUGACCAAGGUGGAUGCUUUAUUUGACGAAAUGUUGCUACAGAAAGCAAUAGAGACGCCCCACAGAAUGCCCAAGCCAGAAGAGCUCAAGGGCAGGCAGUACUGCUGGUGGCACAACUCUUGGAACCAUUCUACCAGUAGUUGUGUUGUUUUCAGAGAUGUCAUACAGGAAGGAAUAACAUCAAGAAGGCUGAAGCUGGCAGAGAAACCUCCAUCAGUCACAACAGAUCCUUUUCCCCGAUCACAAGUCAACAUGGUCAACCUAAAUUAG